UGUGUUGUGGUUGCGCGUGUUGUGGUUGUUGUGUGUUGUUGUAGUUGUGUGUGUUGUGGUUGUUGUGUGUUGUGGUUGCGCGUGUUGUUGUGGUUGUUGUGCUGCGGUUGUUAUGUGUUGUUGUGGUUGUUGUUUGUGUAUUGAUUGUUAUGUGUGCUGUUAGUGACACACACUAUAGUUAGUUGGGUUUCAAGCCCAUCUACCACACGAGAAUCAUCAAGGCUUUAUGUAACUUCUUCACCAUCAGUCAAGAACACAUUAAUCCCUAAAAUAAGGAUUAAUGUGAACUCUCGGUGUAUAUGCACUGAUAGUAUGCACUUCUCCCAGUUGGGCGUGUCUGCUGGCGUGUGGCUUGGGCGUGUGGUCAGCUUAAAGAUCACUGGUGCACUCCCGUCUCUCCCAUUCUCCAGCAUCUCUUCCCCGUAUAUAAAAGCAGACCCGAGACAACACCUUCAGUCCGCCACACCUUUACACUACGAACAAUCAUUCUCCUUUAAGCUUUCAACCAUGAAGGUCUUUGUGUUGGCGGUGGUGGCGGCGACGAUGGUGGUGAUUGGUUCCUCUGCUGAUGACUCGCAGGAGUCUACAGAGUGGCCAAUCAUCCCCUACGAAUUCGGGUACGAGGUCUCUGACCCGGAGACCAACAACUUUCAUAACCGAGCGGAGGUGAAGACGGCCAGCGGCGACGUCUUCGGCUCCUAUUCUCUGCUUCUUCCCACCAACGAGGUGCUCACUCUCACCUACAAUGUGACGGGUGACCUGGGCUUCCAGUACUCCCUGGUGCUGACCCCUGUCGGCUCCGCCACUCCCAAGAAUCCAGAAUGAAUGCGUGUGAGAGAGAGAAUUCAUUGUUAUUAUCAUUGCUAUCUCUUAUGGAUGGCAUGCAUUAUUCGACAUGAGUUUUGUGAAGUGAUAUUAAUGUUGGCGAGAAUGUGUGUUACGUUCACUGUGCAUAAGAACACUUAACACUUACCAGUAAAUGUACUGACGACCCAGUCAUGUUGUUGACCUGUGCGACGGUCCUGGCUGACUCUCGCACCUCACACACACACACGAACACAUACACAGAUACACUAAUGCACAUUCACACAAGUGCACAUUCACACUCACAAGCACACUUAUACUUCUGUUAUUCUGUUCUGUCAUGUUUUCCUCGUGGCCUGGUGCCUCGUUU